AUGGAAAAUCCGAACCAGAGACUCCAUUGGGAUAUGCACCUAGAUGUUGUAGCAGCCAGCAAAUACGCCAAUCUUCAAAAUGUUGGGGUUGUCCUGUCAGAAGUACUUGGUGAGCGAAGAUGGAAAGAAGUAACUACUAUUUUCAGUUUUCCUCCCUCAGCGACAAAUGCUUCCUUUAUUCUACGCAAAUAUUAUAUCUCAUUGCUUCACCACUAUGAGCAAAUUUACUUUUUCAAGGCCAAGGGUUGGACUCCUUUACAUACUGGUGGUUGCCUUGCAGAAUGUGUCUACCGUAUUAGCUCCACCUCAUGGGUUGGCUGGACCCGUGCUGCUAUCACCAGAAAUUCAAGCAUCUGUGGCACAGCCAAAGAGGAUACAUACAGCAGGUUUAUUGCCCAGAGCUCUUCUUGUUACUGUGCAACUGAUAAAUUGGAAAAUAUAUGUUGUGCUACACACCUAGAGCACUCAUCGUUAGAUACUUUCAAUGCCUCACUGUAUUUGCUGUGUUUAAGUGCAGCUUUUUCUCAUGAAUGUUCCAAUAUAUUUCUUUGGAUUGUAUAUCCUCCUUAUGUUCCUGGUGUGCAAGUUAUGGCAAAGAUAAAUCAUAAGAGUAAUUUGACCCUAGCUCUGAUGGUUGCAGCAACUCCAGAACCGUCAUCAGGUUCUGCUGUGAUGGGGGUCAUUGACGGAAAGUUUGAAAGUGGAUAUCUUAUUACCGUCACAAUUGGCUCAGAAAAGCUAAAAGGUGUCCUUUAUCAGACUCCACAAAACCCAGAUCACCAAGUGCCACAGCAUCGUCGUGUGCCACAAAAUCAAAAUGUAUGUGCCAAUAACAGUGACAAUUCAACCCCGGUAUCAGGUGUGCUUCGCCGCAAACGUAGGAAGAAAUCCGAGAUUAAAAGGAGGGAUCCUGCUCAUCCAAAACCAAACAGAAGCGGGUAUAAUUUCUUCUUUGCGGAGCAGCAUGCCAGGCUGAAACCGCUUUACCCCGGGAAGGACAGAGAGAUCAGCAGGAUGAUAGGUGAUUUGUGGAACAAAAUAAAAGAGCCCGAAAAAGCGGUUUAUCAGGAGAAAGCUGGGAGAGAUAAAGAAAGAUACAGACUACAGAUGGAAGAUUACCGUAAGAGAUUGAGGAUGGGUCUAAUUAUCAGCGAUGCAGUGCCAAUACAGCAGCGUCCUAUGGAGCCAGAUGUCAAUAUGAUGGAACUGGAUGAGAAAACUGAAACUGAAGGAGCAGACUCUCCACACACUCCAGGAAAUGAGGUGAAUUCUGGUAAGAGUGACAAUAGCAACUUGGAAGGCGGUAGAACAAACAAUAGAACAGCAGAUGAAGACUCGGAUAUGGGGAUAUCUCUUGGAGCUGAAGCCAGGGCUGAAAGUUUGAGUACAAAAAUUUUAGCCGAUGAGGAGGCUUAUGAGUUGCGGGAUAGAAUAGACAAUGUUGGAGAUGAGGGCAAAAAAUGCCUGGGAAAUAUUGCGUCUGAGAUAGCGAAGCAAUCAUCAUCUAGUGAAGAGAAAGAGUCUGGUCCUAUUGAAGAGAAAGAAUCAGUAUCUAGUGAAGAGACAACUAAUACGAAGCAAAGAGAAUGAAUCACUGCCUGGUGAAGAUUUUCAUGGUGCAGAAGAUUAGGCUUUGUAGAUCAUCAUUGCUUGCUCAAGCAUAGUUUCUUUUAGUGACACACAUUAGUAGUUUAUUUCAUUCUGUUUGUACAAUCAACAUGCUGGCCUAGAAAAGUUGUUUGUUGUUCUGUUGGAGCAGAGGUCAAUUUUCAGCUGACUUUGAACAAGUUUGUAGUGAAUUUGUUUUCAUGCUUUAUUAUCUAAAUGAAAUCCUAAUCCCUGUU